UCGAACGCCCCCUCGGUCUCGCUUAAGCUCGAGAUGCUGGUGGAAAGAAGGAAGACGUAAUGAAGUGAGGAUCUCUGGGUUGUUGCAAUGGUCAGAUUAUCAGUUUAUUGCCACAAAUUCCACAACCCGGAGUUGCUAUGAAGGCGGGGGCCUCGUCCAUGUGGGCUUCAUGCUGUGGUCUGCUGAAUGAAGUCAUGGGCACAGGGGCAGUGAGAGGCCAGCAGCCUGGGUUCGGAGCCGGUGCCGGACCCUUUCGGUUUGCCCCCAGCGCAGGAUAUUCCACAUAUCCGCCCACAACCUCAGGGAGCCCCAGCCUCGUAUGUAAGGCUUGUGGCCAGGCCUUCUCUGUCUUCAGGAGGAAGCAUAUCUGCUGCGACUGUAAGAAGAGUUUCUGCACUCUGUGCUCGGUGCUUCAGGAGAACCUGCGUAUAUGUGCCACAUGUCACCUGCUGAAGGGGACGGCCUUCCAGAGACCACAGCUGAUGCGGCUGAGGGUCAAAGACUUGCGGCAGUACCUGCUGCUACGCAACGUCCCCACAGACACCUGCAGGGAGAAGGAGGACCUGGUGGACCUGGUGCUGUGUCACCAGGGGACAGAGGGGGAGGAGGACCCCGACAACCCCCUCUACACCCCGCCUCCCUCCGCCGCACGUUCCACCUCCGAGCUGUCUGCGCUCUCAGUCUCCGCCUCUCAGGGGGAAGCUCUCAGCAGGAGCGACAGCUCAGGGACAACCAACCAGGAUAUAGGCGACGCCACGUCUCUCUCCCUCCUGAACCUGGCACCCAGUGAGCACACACCAGAGGUGAGCCCUCAGACGCGGCCGCGAGCACGGGCCUCUCUCUCAGACAUCUCCAGCCUGAGGGACAUCGAGGGCCUGUCCGUUAGACAGCUGAAGGAGAUCCUGGCCAGAAACUUUGUCAACUAUUCAGGCUGCUGUGAGAAGUGGGAGCUGGUAGAGCGCGUCAGCCGCCUGUACAGAGAGACGGAGGAGAACAUGAAGUCAUUGGAAAACAUCAACACAGCUAUAACUGCAGUGGUGGCCUUGCCCCCUCCUCCCAUCUGCAAUGGAGGGAUUGGAGAUGGGGAGAAGGCCCAGCUGACCAACGUGGAUGACAACCUGUGCAGGAUCUGCAUGGACUCCGUGAUCGACUGCGUCCUCCUGGAGUGUGGUCACAUGGUCACCUGCACCAAGUGCGGCAAGCGGAUGAGCGAGUGUCCCAUCUGCAGGCAGUACGUCGUGAGAGCCGUGCACGUCUUCAAGUCCUAAUGUCUCAACCCACCACUUCCACCAUGUCACAUCUUCAAAACAUUCACCUCCAGAGAAACAGAUCUGUGUUGUUCUGUCCCAGUUGUGUGUGUUCUGUCGUUAUCCCCUGAAACGCUUACAUUAUUUGUAAACUUGAUCAUGAAUUUGAGAAAUGCAGUGUGUUCAUUUUUUCCCACUUCAUUUCUUUCUUGGCCAAUGUAAAGGACCAAUGUACCAAUGUAAAGGAGGGCAGCAGUCUACCCUUUAUAUUAACCCAUUCCAUUUCUAAACACAUCCUUGACGUUUUCUCAUCUACCGUAUUUUUGUGUUAUGCUUUUGCUUACUUAUGUUGACUUUUAAACAAGAAUGUGAGCUGUGUGUGCGUAACAUCGUUCCCAGGUACCUACAGAGUGAACCACUAAUUGUGACUGUCCCAAUGACCAAACCGUAUCAUGUAAUGUCUGCCCAUAUAGAGGUCUAUUUUGAUUUGGAAGGAAGUCUCACAUUUGUUUUAAUUCUGUCAUAACAUCUUAGCACUGAAUGUUAAGAUGAAUAAGAAAAUGGGUGCUAAAUACGUUCACAUGUUUUUCCUGUUUUCCGUUUGUUAGUAUACCAACUUAAAUUGUGGAUAUCGUCACUGUCUGAAAACCUUAUCUCCCCCCAAAAAAACUUCAGGAAAUGACCAUAUUUUCCCAUUAACGAAAAUACAAUUAUGAAACUUCAGAAGCUAUUUCGAAUACAUUUUCUUGGUCCUAGAGUCAAAUGUUCAGAGUACAACAUUGAGGGGAGUUACUGCUUUCAAUAGAUGAAAAACACAACUAAAUGUAAAACAAAUUGCAUUAUGAGCACGUAAUUCCACCAGACAGCAAAAAUAUGCUUAGAAUAUUUUCAGUUCUCUUUCUUGGAAGUGGAGGGAAUAUUGUCUUUAAUUAAUACAUUGUUGUAGUUAACACAACUAAUCAAAUAUAUAGCUGCAAGUUAACUGCCACUUGUGGAAUAUAAAGUAUAUUGAGGAAAAGUGACUUGCUGUACAGUUGCAUAUAAUGUUUCAUAUCAGUAUGAGAUGUACAUAUCUAUUUUUUUCCAUUUGAUUUGAAUGUGUAAUUGAAUUGAAGAUUUCCCUCAGAUUAGUUUAUUAAAGAGUAAGGUUUCACUGUCUGGUGGAUUGAAAUGUGUUACUGCAUUGGUUUGCUUGAGUGGUCUGUCCUCAAAUGAGAAUCAGAGCAUGAUGACAGUCUGUAUGGUUGCAUCCAAAAUGGCGCCCUAUGGGGCUUUGAACAGUACAUGGCACCCCAUGCCCUAUGGGGCUUUGAACAGUACAUGGCACCCCGUGCCCUAUGGGGCUUUGGUGAACAGUACAUGGCACCCCAUGCCCUAUGGGGCUUUGAACAGUACAUGGCACCCCCGUGCCCUAUGGGGCUUUGAACAGUACAUGGCACCCCGUGCCCUAUGGGGCUUUGAACAGUACAUGGCACCCCGUGCCCUAUGGGGCUUUGAACAGUACAUGGCACCCCGUGCCCUAUGGGGCUUUGAACAGUACAUGGCACCCCGUGCCCUAUGGGGCUUUGAACAGUACAUGGCACCCCGUGCCCUAUGGGGCUUUGAACAGUACAUGGCACCCCGUGCCCUAUGGGGCUUUGAACAGUACAUGGCACCCCGUGCCCUAUGGGGCUUUGAACAGUACAUGGCACCCCGUGCCCUAUGGGGCUUUGAACAGUACAUGGCACCCCGUGCCCUAUGGGGCUUUGAACAGUACAUGGCACCCCGUGCCCUAUGGGGCUUUGAACAGUACAUGGCACCCCGUGCCCUAUGGGGCUUUGAACAGUACAUGGCACCCUGUGCCCUAUGGGGCUUUGGUGAACAGUACAUGGCACCCCAUGCCCUAUGGGGCUUUGGUGAACAGUACAUGGCACCCCAUGCCCUAUGGGGCUUUGGUGAACAGUACAUGGCACCCCAUGCCCUACGGGUCUUAGAACAGUAGUGCACUAUAUAGGCCGAGGAUAGGGUUCCAUUUUGGACAUAGGCACUGAGAUUGGGUGGAGAGGUUUCCUGCUCUUAAAAUACCAAGCACUGUACUGUAUCACACAGUCAACCUCCCUUUGGAAGGGUAUGCUAAACAAAUUGUGCAAGGUCUGGUCUUUGUAUUUGGGAAUGUUUAACCUUUUAUUUUGGUAAUUAAAGAUGAAUUACAUUAGUUUGA